GCCGCCCAGCGCCGCAGCCCGCCCGAGGCCUGAAGGGGUCCGGGCCGCCGUCCAUGGUCGCGGCGUCCUGAGGCGGGGGACGCGCCCGGCGCCCCCAGCCCUCUGCCGGCUCCAGUGGGGCGGGCGGCCUCCCCCGGCGCCUCCCCGCGCCCGCCCGCCGCCUCCCUCCCUCCGCCCCUGCGGCUCCCCUAGGGUUUUCGGGGCCCGGGGGCGGCCUGUGGCGCGCGGCACCCGCUCCGGACUGCGCCUCUUUGGACCUUGAGGGGAAACAUGCGUUUGGCUUGGAUCUUUUAAAAUUCUUAGUUUGGGGCACCCGCCCGCCUGCCUCUUCCGCCCGGCGGGUUUUCUGUAUUUUUUUCCUUAUUUCUUUUUCUUCCUCUCGGUCUCCUUUUUGAUUCCCUCCCCCUUUAUGCUAGCCCAGCUCUUCCCCGGCUGCUGAGAAGUGGGGGAGGGUCUCGGCCUCCAGUUUCCCGCCCCAUCGGGGCCCGGGCGAGCAUGGGUGGCAAGCAGAGCACGGCGACCCGCUCCCGGGGCCCCUUCCCGGGGGUCUCCACCGAUGACAGCGCCGUGCCCCCGCCGGGAGGGGCGCCCCACUUUGGGCACUACCGGACGGGCAGCGGGGCCAUGGGGCUACGCAGCCGCUCGGUCAGCUCGGUGGCGGGCAUGGGCAUGGACCCCAGCACGGCCAGCGGAGUGCCCUUUGGCCUCUACACCCCCGCCUCCCGGGGGACUGGCGACUCCGAGAGGGCGCCCGGCGGCGGAGGGUCUGCGUCCGACUCCAGCUAUGCCCACGGUAAUGGUUACCAGGAGACGGGCGGCGGUCACCAUAGAGACGGGAUGCUGUACCUGGGCUCCCGAGCCUCGCUGGCGGAUGCUCUACCUCUGCACAUCGCACCCAGGUGGUUCAGCUCGCACAGUGGUUUCAAGUGCCCCAUUUGCUCCAAGUCUGUGGCUUCCGAUGAGAUGGAAAUGCACUUUAUAAUGUGUCUGAGCAAACCUCGCCUCUCCUACAAUGAUGAUGUGCUGACUAAAGAUGCGGGUGAGUGUGUGAUCUGCCUAGAGGAGCUGCUUCAGGGGGACACGAUAGCCAGGCUGCCCUGCCUGUGCAUCUAUCACAAAAGCUGCAUAGACUCGUGGUUUGAAGUGAACAGAUCUUGUCCAGAACACCCUGCGGACUGACCCUGCCGGGCUUGCUUGCUGAAUCCUCUCAAAGAUUGCUGUUUGCUGUCCAGCUGUAACCCACUCAGUGACAACCGGACAUAGUCACAGCCUCGCCGCUCGCCCUCCGACGGCACUUGGGCACACACAGUCUCAUCCUUUGCCCAGCACCCUGACAGCUCUCUGCAUCACCAACCUCUCUACUUUGGGGUGGGUUUCUUGGUUGUUGUUGUUAUUGUUUUGUUUUCUAUUUUUUCCCUAUUUUUCUGGCUUGGUUUUGCACUUUUCUUCUCUUUGAGACCCUGAUUGAUAACUUGAUUUCAUUGCCAAAACAAAUGCCCGUCAAGGACUUUCUCCCACCUCCAGCCUCAUGUCAUCCCCCUUUUUUCCUCUGCUUCUGGUCAGUUCACAGGAUUUAACAAUCACAAGUGUCCUGCAAAAAUGCCUGAACAUUUUUCUUAGGCCCUUGUGGAUUUUUUUUCCCCCCAGAAAACAUGAAUAAAAGACUUACUGGAGACACACGUACCGAGACCCCUUUUUUCAGGCACUCUGUUUGAGAACAUUUUAGCCAUUAAUGUUCACAUGUGGCAUUGGCCCAUGCAAGAUAGGUUUCUGUAUUUAUAUAUUAAAAUACAAAAAAAACCUUCAUAAAAUGUUUAAAAAAUGUUCGAAGCUUGGGAGAAAAGCUUUCUUCAUCAGUCAAGGUGUUUUGAUAUGGUAUUAAAAUAAUGUCUAAUAAAAGAUACACUGUGUGAUUUUAUUUUGAUGCAGUAUUGUUACAGGAUGAAGAACUGGGGACAAAAGCCCGUCCUCCACCCCUCGCCUACCUCCUUAGCAUUCCUGCAGGUCCUCACUGCUGUUCCUGGCUAGCAGGGAAGGGGUGGUUCCCAUGUUCACUAACCCCCUUAAGUGUUGUGGAACCAGUUGCCAUCACCUGUGGAGUGGCAGGGAUGGAGCUUUUCUGGAAAGGUCUGCAAGGGCAAAGCUUUUGGAGCCACCGGAGGCCACAAGGAUGUGGUUCAUCCAGGUACCAAGCAGCCCAGCACUCCUGCCCCCCUCAGCCUCUGCUCCCCAUCCCACAUCCGGCCUGCCUGUUGCUCCAUCCGCAUCCCAGUGCUGACUCAUGGGCAUACUUCAUUGAGGCCCAGGAAGGGGCCUGGUUUGAGGCCGAGCCAGCUCAGAACCCUUAGCCAACCACUCAGGUUCACAACAGUUGGCAAACUGUAGGCUGGCCAGGAAGCACAGGGCAAGGGGCAGCAGUGCCUGCCCAGUCUGUUUCCAAGCCAGGGAGCUACACUCCAGGGCCUCCUCCUGAGCCAGCCAAGGACCCUCCCAGGCCUGCUGUUUGUGCUUUUGUGCAAGGGCAUUCCCUGCAAGCCAGUGGGCAUGUUCCUUGCGCUCAGAGAACUGAAGAAGAGUUGUGCUUCAGAGCCUCGGCUACACUGGCACCUUACCUGGGGUGGACACCCUAGGACUUAAAAAUGCUGCUGUGAGAGGUGGUGGCCAGAACAGGGACUCUGUCUGUGGUUGUGCUGUACUUCUUGGCAGAAUGAGAAAA